AUGUCUUCUUCUCUGUCUGCUAAGUUAAGUAUUGAAAUAGAGGCCAAGUCACCAGCUCGUGCUAUGUAUGAGGCUUGCGCGAAACGAAUGUACGAGAUACCAAAACUUUGCCCUUCCUAUAUACCCAAGGUUGAUUUAGUUGAAGGUAACUGGGAAGAUGUGGGUGCUGUUGUGAACUGGCGUCUCGUAUACGGGCCUGUGUCUACUGGCAUGGAUUUCUAUAAGAGGUUAUGUGAUGUCUCUGUUAUCAGAAGGUUCCAAAUAUCGGGAGGAUUAUAUGUGGUUAGGAUAUAUGUGGUCAACUCUAAAUGGUGGGAUGGGGCUAGGUUGUGUCUGAGUUAA